CAGGACAGGCGUCGCGCGUCGCGGGUGCGUGACGUCACCCCGGGGGUGUGCGAAGCGCGAGCGGGACCGGAAGCGGAAGCGGCUCUGUUCGCCGCCUCGCCCACCGGCCCGAUGAGCUGCACCGGCUCCGGCGGCGACCUCGAGGCGGCGCCAAUGUCAGCUCCCGGCACGCUGCCCGCCAGCAUCGCCACGGAGAACAAGGCCAGCCCUGCGGGGACACCACGGGGAACUGAGGCUGGAGCAGCUGCUGGGAGCACGGGGCCGUUGGCGGCGCGGGCCGGGGCGCCGCUGGAGGGGGCCAUGUUUAACGGGGUUUCCGUACUGCCCAGCGCGGCCCACGGAGACGGGAAGCCCUUGGUGUCCAGCGCGCCUCUGGUGGACUUCUCGAUGCAGCUGGAGGAUGACACGCCUACGAUCCCAGAUGCAGUGGCUGGUUACCGCCUGAACUGUGCCGGCUUUGACGCCUCAGACCGACGCGGAGUUCGGCUCAUCUUCCUAGCUGCCUAGAAAUUCAUCUCAGAUAUUGCCAGUGAUGCCCUACAGCACUGCAAAAUGAAGGGCACAGGCUCCGGCAGCUCCCGGAGCAAGAGCAGGGACCGCAAGCACACUCUAACCGUGGAGGACUUGACCCCCCGACUUAAAUGUGCUUGUCUGUCCCCAUGUCCCCACACCAGCCUGUUUUCAUCAUAAACUUUAUUGUGACAAAAAACAAAACUCAAAUAUAAUACAAGAGCACCCCCUUCUUUUUUUCUUUUUCUUUUUUUUGCUUUUAAAGAUGGGGUUUCACUAUGAUGGCCAGGCUGGUCUUGAACUCCUGACCUCAGGUGAUCCACCCACCUCAGCCUCCCAAAGUGCUAGGAUCACAGGUGUGAGCCACCGUGCCCAGCCGGCACCCCCUUCUUUAUAGAGACAAGAUCUGGCUCUGGCACCCAGGCUGGAGUACAGUGGCACAAUCUUAGCUCACUGCAGCCUCCAACUCCUGGGUUUAAGCCAUCUUCCUGCCUCAGCCUCCCAGGCCCCUGAGACUACAGGCGUGAGCCACGGUGGCUGGCGAGGCUCAUAGUUUUUUAUUUUUCAGAUGGAAGCUCACUCUGUCACCCAGGCUGGGGUGCAGGGCCGUGAUAAGGCUGACACUUUUUUUUUGCUGCUAUUGUUGAUACAGUCUACUCUGUCGUCCAGGCUGGAGGGCAGUGGCUCGAUCUCCGCUCACUGCAACCUCUGCCGCCCAGGUUCAAGCGAUUCGCCGGCCUCAGCCUCACGAGUA